AGAGGCGGGCACUGCCGGGGCCGCAUCCCCGGUGUGCGAGCAUGUCGCGCCGGGAGGAGGGUUUCCUCGGCCGGGCCGGGGGAGGUUCAGACUGAAGUUACGGCAGAGGAGAGGAAGAGGCUGCGCUGCCGGAAGCAGCGGAGCGGCGGCGGCUCGGGGAGCCCGCGGUGCCUUGCGGGCAGUAUGUAGCUGGGUGACAGCGACUGGAACGUGCCCUCUCCGUCGCCAGCGGCCGCCGGCGCGGUGAGCGCCGUGGGAGUCGGUGCAGCGGCUCGAGAGUCUCUCUAGGGAGGCAGAGGGGGCGGCAGCCGCGCCUCGCCUCUCCUGAACUUUUCCGUCUGCCCACAGCACUGUGUCCCGGCGCAGCCCUCCCUGAGCCGUUCGCUUUUUCGUCGCUGACCGGAGGGCUGCGGCCGCCGCCGCUGCUGUUGCUGCCAUGGGGCUGCCCACGCUGGAGUUCAGCGAUUCCUACUUGGACAGCCCGGAUUUCAGGGAGCGCUUGAAGUGUCAUGAGAUCGAGUUGGAAAGGACGAACAAGUUCAUUAAGGAGCUGAUUAAGGAUGGCAGCCUCCUCAUCGGGGCCUUGCGGAAUUUAUCCAUAGCAGUGCAAAAAUUCUCACAGUCUUUACAAGAUUUCCAGUUUGAGUGUAUUGGAGAUGCUGAAACUGAUGAUGAAAUUAAUAUUGCCCAGUCACUGAAAGAGUUUGCUCGACUUCUAAUUGCUGUUGAAGAGGAGAGGAGACGACUGAUCCAGAAUGCUAACGAUGUGCUAAUAGCACCGCUGGAGAAGUUUCGUAAAGAGCAAAUAGGAGCAGCAAAAGAUGGGAAGAAGAAGUUUGACAAGGAAAGCGAGAAAUACUAUUCCAUCCUAGAGAAGCACUUAAAUUUAUCAGCAAAGAAGAAAGAGUCUCAUUUGCAAGAUGCAGAUACACAGAUUGACAGAGAGCAUCAAAACUUUUAUGAAGCAUCAUUAGAAUAUGUUUUUAAAAUUCAAGAAGUACAAGAGAAAAAGAAAUUUGAAUUUGUAGAACCUCUCUUGGCCUUUCUUCAAGGAUUGUUUACAUUUUACCAUGAAGGAUAUGAACUGGCUCAAGAGUUUGCACCAUACAAGCAGCAACUGCAGUUCAAUUUGCAGAAUACCCGGAAUAACUUUGAAAGCACAAGGCAGGAAGUGGAGAGACUCAUGCAAAGAAUGAAAUCAGCCAACCAGGAUUACAGACCACCAAGUCAGUGGACAAUGGAAGGCUAUCUCUAUGUGCAGGAGAAACGACCUCUUGGAUUUACAUGGAUAAAACACUACUGUACUUAUGAUAAAGGGACAAAAACAUUUACCAUGAGUAUAGCUGAAACAAAAUCUGGUGGAAAAGUGAAUGGCCUUGUCACAAGCUCACCAGAAAUAUUCAAGCUAAAAUCUUGCAUCAGGAGAAAGACAGAUUCAAUUGACAAACGUUUCUGUUUUGAUAUCGAAGUAGUUGAGAGACCUGGAAUUAUCACACUGCAAGCAUUUUCAGAAUCCAACAGAAAACUCUGGCUUGAAGCUAUGGAUGGAAAGGAACCAAUCUACACACUACCAGCCAUUAUUAGCAAGAAGGAAGAAAUGUUUUUAAAUGAAGCAGGUUUCAACUUCGUGAGAAAAUGCAUUCAUGCUGUGGAAACAAGAGGUAUCACAAUCCUGGGGUUGUACAGAAUAGGUGGUGUAAACUCCAAGGUGCAAAAGCUGAUGAAUACCAUAUUUUCCCCUAAAUCUCCUCCUGAUAUGGAUAUUGAUAUGGAUCUUUGGGACAAUAAAACAAUAACAAGUGGACUAAAAAACUACCUCAGGUGUCUUUCAGAACCACUGAUGACUUUCAAGCUGCACAAAGAUUUCAUUGUUGCUGUUAAGUCAGAUGAUCAGAACUACAGAGUCGAAGCAGUGCAUGCACUAGUGCAUAAGUUACCAGAGAAGAACAGAGAGAUGCUGGACAUCCUUAUCAAGCACUUGGUCAAGGUGUCAUUACACAGUCAGCAAAACCUAAUGACUGUAUCCAACCUUGGUGUUAUCUUUGGACCAACUCUGAUGAGAGCCCAAGAAGAAACCGUGGCUGCUAUGAUGAACAUUAAGUUUCAGAAUAUCGUCGUUGAAAUUCUGAUAGAGCAUUAUGAAAAGAUAUUCCACACUGCACCAGACCCCAACAUUCCUCUUCCCCAACCUCAGUCCCGAUCAAGUUCAAGGAGGACGAGAGCAAUCUGUCUCUCUACAGGUUCACGUAAACCCAAAGGAAGAUACACACCAUGCCUGGCAGAUCCUGACAGUGACUCAUACAGCAGUAGUCCAGACAGCACUCCCAUGGGCAGCAUUGAAUCUCUCUCUUCUCACUCCUCUGAGCAGAACAGCACUGCCAAAUGUGUGUCCUCACAGCCCAGGGAGAAAUCAGGAGGAAUUCCAUGGAUUGCUUCUCCUCCUUCUUCUAAUGGCCAGAAGGGUUCAGGCCUCUGGACUACAAGUCCUGAAUCUUCAUCAAAGGAGGAUGCAACCAAAACAGAUGUGGAGUCAGACUGUCAAAGUGUAACUUCUGUCACUGGACCAGAGAGUGCCUGUCUACCGACAGACCUGACCAAAAAGAGUUCUUACAGUCUGUCUGGGCUGAAGAGGUCUUCAGCAUCUUCACUUAGAUCAAUUCCAUCAGCUGAAGGUAACAAAAGCUGCAGUGGAUCUAUACAGAGUUUAUCUUCAACAGAUACCAGGGAUACACCAAAGGCUCCACCAAACCCUGAUUUGCCUCCCAAAAUGUGCAGGAGAUUAAGAUUAGAUACCGCAUCAAGUAAUGGCUAUCAAAGACCAGGAUCUGUAGUGGCUGCAAAAGCACAGUUGUUUGAAAGUGCUGGUUCACAAAAACAAGUUUCUUCAGGACGACAAGCAAAAGCCAUGUAUUCCUGUAAGGCUGAGCAUAGUCAUGAGCUAUCUUUCCCACAAGGGGCAAUAUUUUCCAAUGUGUAUCCAUCGGUGGAACCAGGAUGGUUAAAAGCAACUUAUGAAGGCAAAACAGGACUCGUUCCUGAGAAUUAUGUUGUCUUUCUGUAGUAAUCUUUAGUGGACAGCAAUAUCUUCAUGGUAUCCAUGGUAACAAAUAAUAAGCACUAUAUUUUUUAUCUGACACAGAUACGGGAUCAGCCUGUUAGAUGAGUGGUAGAUACCCUUCAGAUACUGCAGCUGCAGGUUACACAGCUCCCUAUUAAUGGAACAGAAUGUAAUGAAACAGUUAACAGUUUCUGUACUGAAGACGGUACUCUGUUGAAAUAACUUCCAUUGUUUGCAGAAGGUUGUUCUGUUCUUCUUUUAUGGGCAAGGAACACUAGAGCAAUAAAAUCAAAAAAACAAGUUGCUUGCUGUUUAGCUGCAGACUUUCAGGUCCUAGGCUGUUGCUCACAGAAGUGUGAAAUUUAGAGGCAAUGCACUCUAUGACAUUUCUUGCAAUCUGUGAUUUUUUAAUAGGGAAAAUUGUAUUUUUUUUCAUACUGUACAGAAUGCUCCUAUUGUGAUCUGAAUUCUCCCUUAGAAAACUUGAUUCUAAAAUUAGUCCUAAACAUUUCAAAUAAGAAAUGAAUUUUCCAUAAAUCAGAAGUUUGAACUUCUGUUACUCAUUGCAGUUAAAAUAUGUUUAUAAUUUAUGCAAUUGAUAAUGAAAUCAGUUUAUCCAGUACUU